CAUUUUUCUCUCUCGCGCUCUCCGCUUGUACUAAAGUUUUUCCGUGUGUGUGUGUGGAGCUGAAGAUGGCGGCUAGCUCGGAGCGCAGUCCUCCGCCUUUCCCGGACUCAGAGGAGCCCGAGCUGCUGGAGGACAGUGACGAGGGCGCGGAUGCGUUCACGGGCACGUCAAUCUCAGAGAUGGAUUCUCCGUCACCGGACAAAGCCAGACCUCCUAAAGACAUCUUUAAUGACCCACCAGAAGACAUCUUCAGUGAUCCUCUUAGCAACAUCAACUCUGAACCCCAGAAGAAAGUAGACACCAAAAUCCUUUCUCCUAGCAGCGACGAGGCCGUCGACCUGUUCAGUGACACGCUGGACGAUGAUAGCGAAGUUAUUAGUUCACCUGAGGUCCAAAAUCCCAUGCCGGAUCUCUUGAGUGAGCCUGUAGAAGCGCCAAAGUCUGAUGUCGUGGGUAAACCAGCCCAACAGCAGGGUAUUUUCGAAGACCCUCCGAAGACCAGCAGCAAAAGCUCUUCCGUCAAAAAAGCAGCGAGUGUGGAGCUGUUUGGUGACGAUGAUGAUGAGGAGGAUCUGUUUAACGAGCCGCAAAAAGUUGUGACAAAGAAGCCUCAGCCCUCAGGACCACCUGUCGAUGUUUUCACAGAGGUGAAAUCAGACGUGAAGGUCAAGCCGCAGGUUAAAGACGACCCCACAGAUCUGUUCGCAGAGGAAGCCUUGACGACACCUGCCAAACCCUCCGCCGGCAGCAGCUCCAGGACCAAUGGGGUUCACUCUGAGGAGCAGGAUCUCUUCUCAGAAGCUACAGUGGAGUUGUCUCUGGACAGUCCUCGUAAUGACCGCAAGAAGAAAGACGCUGUGAAACCAUCAGUAUCGGCUCCUGCCGCCCCUGUAGCCAGCAGCUCCAGCAAAGCUCCAUCCAAAACCCCGGAGGAGCUGGAGGAAGAGGAAAGCGAGGACAAGUUUGAUCUGAACAUUUCCGUCACGAAUCCAGAGAAAGUUGGUGAUGGUAUGAACGCUUAUAUGGCCUACAAAGUUUCAACACAGACGUCGUUAACCAUGUUCCGUAGCAAGACGUUUACCGUCCGCAGACGUUUCAGUGAUUUCCUUGGAUUGUACGAAAAGCUCUCAGAGAAACACUCACAGAACGGAUACAUCAUACCUCCACCACCAGAGAAGAGCAUUCUGGGUAUGACAAAAGUCAAAGUCGGGAAGGACGACCCAUCGUCAGCAGAGUUUGUGGAGCGGAGGAGAGCUGCUCUAGAGAGGUAUCUUCAGCGGGUUGUGACUCAUCCGUCUCUACUGCAGGACCCUGAUGUGAGAGAGUUUUUGGAGAAAGAGGAGUUACCCAGAGCAGUCAGCACACAGGCUCUGAGUGGAGCCGGCUUCCUUAAAAUGCUCAACAAAGCCACGGAUGCUGUGAGUAAGAUGACCAUCAAGAUGAACGAACAGGACGUGUGGUUUGACGAGAAGAUCCAGGAUGUUGAAAAUGAAGAACAGCAUUUGCGGAAACUUCACGUCAUGGUGGAAUCCCUUGUCACUCACAGGAAAGAGUUGUCUGGGAACACGGCUGUGUUUGCGAAGAGUGUGGCGAUGUUGGGCAGCUCGGAGGACAACACGGCUCUGUCGCGAGCUCUGUCUCAGCUGGCCGAGGUGGAGGAUCGAAUCGAGCAGCUCCAUCAGGAACAGGCCGCCAAUGACUUUUUCACCUUCUCUGAGCUGCUGGCGGAUUAUAUACGGCUGUUGGGAGCCAUCAGGGGGUGUUUUGAUCAGAGAAUGAAAGCAUGGCAGCGCUGGCAGGAUGCUGAGAACAUGCUGCAGAAGAAGAGAGAGGCUGAGGCCAAACUCCUGUGGGCCAACAAACCCGACAAACUCCAGCAGGCCAAGGAUGAGAUCGCAGAGUGGGAAGCAAAAGUCACGCAGUACGAGAGAGAGUUUGAGAGAAUCUCAGCAACCGUACGGAAAGAAGUCAUCCGAUUUGAUAAAGAGAAAGCUCGAGAUUUUAAGAAACAAAUCAUCAAAUAUCUGGAGUCACUGCUCAACUCGCAACAACAGCUGAUAAAAUACUGGGAGGCGUUUUUGCCGGAGGCGAAAGCGAUCGCGUGAGGCACCAUCCGCGCACAAAUACACACUCACGAUAACCGAGGCCUUUCUACACUCUUUACCUCUCGCCUAUAAACCAAGAGAAAUUGUGCUGCAAAGGGAAAAAUCAUCUAUCCGGCCGCUCGUUACUCUGAUUGAUUUAGAAACUUGUAUAUUUUUCAUGUAAUCUUCACCUUUUAUUUUCUUAUAUUGCAUCUUUAUUGUUUGGGGGAUGUGAAUGCAUGUGGUGGCUGGGUGUCUUCCUCGUCUGUAUGCAACCAAGCCUCUUUCACUUGAUUUGUUACUGGUCAGCAGUGAUAUCAGUGGUUUACACUAGAGGGCGCCUGUCGCUCAUUCAUAGCGGUAAGAAACUUCCUGUCAAGAAGUCUGUACAAAUUAAGAAGGGUUUUCAGAGACAAAUAGUGACCUAGUUUGUUUUAGAAGUCCAGAGUAUUGAUAUAUACACUUUUAAACAAGUAAAAGAGGUUUAAAUACAGUUAUUAGGAACUGUUGAAAUGACUGAAACUGGCUGGAUUUGGUAAACUGGCCAGUGGAAAUAACAGGACCUGUAUAUGUCAACACUUGUACUCAUUGAUCAAACUGUUAGAAAUGAUCUUUUUUUCUUUUGCUGGCUUAUUGUUUUUAUUCAAAGGAUCGUUUUAAAUCUUCCAUGGAUUUAUGAUCACGCUCAGCAUUUGAGAACGCACUCCUAAUGCGUUUGAUAUCAAUAUCAAAGCUCUUUCACCUGGUCCAACAGGAGGCCCAAAGCACUUCAGUCUUAAAAGUUGGUUUCUUUGUUUAUUAUUUCAUUCCUUUUCAUUUUACAUUUUCAUUUGUAGACUUUUAUGCCAACAUGUUAUUUUGUGUCAAACCAUAUUUGUGUUAUCCAGUCGAUUAUGGCAUGUUAUAAUAAUUAAUACACUUUUGCUACGUUACUAAUAAUGAUUAAAUUGUUUCUACAUCAAAUUUUGUUUUUUCCGUUUUUUUAUAUUUACAGAUUUUGCUGCUGUCAGAGUUUGUAAGGCUGUUAGAUUCAUUGUCAUUUAUAAUGUUUUGUUUAUUGUUUAUUAGUUUGCUUCAUAAAUGAUAUUUUGGGCCCUGCUGUAAUGACACUUUGAACAGACGUUAACAGGUUUGACUUCACCAUUAGGUGCCAUAAUAAUCAAAAGGUUGUUUAUUAGAAAAAUGGGGGCAGAUAUUUUUUUCACUAUGGACACUUCUUUUGAGAAAAACAAUAAAGAUUUAAUUACAAAUAUCAA